AUGUUCUCUGAGAAAACAACACAUACGGUACCUGCUACUUCUGAAGUGACAGAUUUCGCGCCCAUUAAUGAAAAUGAAGAUCAGCCUGAAUUCACCUCUAGCGGUUCCACAAUAAGUGUUCUACGAGGAUGUCUACAAGUUCUAGGUGCAUUUUUCAUAUUGUUCAACGUUUGGGGCCUGAGUUUCGCAUUUGGGUCCUUCCAGAGCUUUUAUGCACUCGAAUACAUUCAAUCAUCCACCGCAUCGGACAUAGCAUGGAUCGGUACAAUUCAAUCAUGGCUCCUAAUUGUGGGCGGCUUACUAUCCGGCCCGCUUUUUGACCUUGGCUACUACAAAGAGAUGAUCUUUAUUGGAAGUUCGCUAGGCGUUCUUGGUAUGAUGAUGCUCAGUCUUGCAAAUCAAUACUAUGCGAUAUUUUUGAGCCAAGGAGUAUGCAUGGGUCUCGGGUUUGGAUUGCUCUAUGUGCCUAGUAUUGCCUUGGUCAGUCGCUCAUUUACGACCAGACGAGCUGUUGCUUUGGGCGUAUCAACCAGUGGUGCCCCUGCAGGGGGCAUUAUUUACACUGUCAUGUUCAACCAGCUUAUUUCGAACUUGGGAUUUCCUUGGACCGUUCGCUGCAUGGGCUUCGUCAUGCUUGCGCUUUUCUCUGCAGCCGCUGUCUUGCUUGUAGUGCCAGAAAGGAAUACCAAGAGACCCGAAAGAACCCAGCGCCGGAGUCUGCUUGAUACACAGGCAUUCAAGGAUAUACCAUUUUGGAGUUUCACUGUCGCCAACUUCUUUCUCUACCUCGGCUAUAUCACCCCUUUCUAUUACAUUCCAACUUAUGCCGAAACGAAACUGGAAACAUCGCGAACAUUGGCAUCUAACAUCUUAAUGAUAUCCCAGGCAUGUUCGAUCAUUGGACGUGUGGUUUUGACCAUCUUUGCUCACCACUAUGGGUCGAUGAUCUCUUGGAUUUCAUGUGGUAUUUUGUCCGGUAUGCUGUGCAUUACCUGGAUAAGCGCAAGCAGCUUGGCUAGGUUUAUCCUAUUUGCAUCUUUUUACGGUGGUAUCUCCGGCGCUUUGAUCCCACUCCCACCAAGCGUUUUCUCUCAUGUCUGUCCUGAUCCGAAGAGACUUGGGACGUGGCUUGGAAUGGCACAGAGUCUGAGCAGCUUUGCGACCCUACUGGGACCACCCAUAGCAGGUGCACUUGCUUCAAUUGGUUCGAAUGGCAGUGCUGAUUUGAAUUAUCUUGGUAUUCAGUUAUUCAGUGGGAUAACCAUGUGCUUUGGGGCUUUCCAGGUGAUAGCGCUUCGCCCCAAAGGACCUUUGGUCUCCUUCGCUCCGUCCCUACUGCCGUCGAGCAAAACAAUCCCAGGCCGAACCAUUUCCCUGGAGAAACUUGAGUUAAAACAUGCAGAUGACCUCUUCGCCCUCACCGGUGGAGAUGAAUCCACUCCCAAUGCACCCCUCUGGGACUACAUGUUCGACGGUCCCUACAGUGAUGCCAGCCAAUUCAAAGACAGCAUCGCUGCAAAGUCAACCUCAACCGAUCCAUUCUUCUUCGCAAUUAUCGACAAGCGAAAGACCCUUCCAACAUUCGGAAAGGCAAUCGGCUAUCUAUCGUUAAUGCGGAUCGUGCCCGAACACUUCUGCAUUGAAGUCGGGCACGUCAUGUACUCUUCUGCGCUUCAGCGGACGACUGGUGCUACAGAGGCUAUCUAUCUCAUUGCCCAACAUGCAUUCCAUGACCUUGGGUAUAGGCGAUUGGAGUGGAAGUUGAACGCAUUGAAUGGGCCAUCGCAUCGGGCCGCUUUGCGCUUGGGAUUUACUUUUGAGGGGACUUUCCGGCAGCAUAUGAUUGUUAAGGGACGGAGUCGGGACACUGCUUGGUAUGCUAUGGUGAAGGAUGAUUGGGAUGCGACUUUGAAGGGUGCACUAGAGAUGUGGUUGGACGAGAAGAAUUUCAAGGAGGACGGUAGUCAGGUUAAGACUUUGCAAGAGUUGAGGGGGGAGAGUGCAUAG